GGAAGAAGAAAAAGAAGACCCAUCAACUCCUAUCUCCUCUUUGCUUUGCUUUACAUCUAAGACCUUAGGGUGGUCCCACUUUUCCACCCCUGUUUGCUUCUUCAAGAAAUUUCCAUGAUAAGAACUCUCUUGUAACUCCCACUCUUCUUGUGCUAUCCAAUUUUUCAGAUUUUCUCCAAAACCCCAUGAAGGAUUUUAUCAUGAUUUAAAACCCAAGCCAGCACAUACAAGAACAUCUCUCAGGUACUCAAGUUCUCUUUUGUUUCUGCUUGAAACUUAUUUAUGACAUUAUUUUCCUUUUUACCAAGCAAGAAAUUGAUAAACUUUGUCUGAUCUUAUCAUCCUAAUCUUUCCAAGUAGCUUGAAUUUUCUAUUACAAUCUUGAGGUCCUAAGUUUCUUCUUGGUUGAAUUUGAUUGUUCAAGGGAGUGAAUUUGGCCUAUUUGAUUUCCUACAUCUUCUGAAAAUUGUUCUUUUUUUAUGGAUCAACUACUUGCUUGCUUAGAGAAAAGAGAAUUAUGAAACAAAUGCUAGUGGAAUUAGUACCAGAGAGCCAAUACAGAUAUCCCAUGGGGUUUGUUGGUAGCCCACAAUCCUGGGUUCCAUAUGAUAACAUUAAAGACUGUUCUCAAGGUUUUUGCAGUCUAUAUUGCCCACAGUGGUGCUACAUCAUCUUUCCUCCUCCCCCUCCCUAUGAAUUUCCAGAUGAAAGUGGAGGCCCAAACUUCUCCCCUCUAGUUAUCGCGAUCAUUGGAAUUUUGGCUAGUAUUUUCCUUCUUGUAAGCUACUACACCCUCAUCUCUAAGUAUUGUGGUAGGAACAGGAAUUCAGUGAGGAGAGGAGGAAAUCAGGAUCCAAGUGAAGAAUUUGAUGAGAACCAGGAUCCUUUAAGCAGUGAACCAUGGCAAACCUCUACAAGAGGAUUAGAUGAGGCCUUGAUCAAGUCCAUCACAGUAUGUAAGUACAAGAAGGGAGAUGGGUUGGUUGAAGGAACAGAUUGUUCAGUCUGUCUCAAUGAAUUUCAAGAAGAUGAAAAUCUAAGAUUGUUACCCAAGUGUAGCCAUGCCUUUCACCCUACUUGCAUUGAUACAUGGCUAAAAGCUCACUCUAAUUGCCCUUUAUGUCGUGCAAAUAUCGUGAUAGCGGAUCCAUUGCCGCUUCAGUUACUGUCUCCAGUCCAUGAAAGUUCAACAGAAGGCAGGCCUUCAACAGAAAGGCGGCGAGAGAAUGAUACAUUAGUUGCUGAAGAAAAUCCAGAAAGGAGUGGUGGAGAAGAGGAUAGCCAGGGGAGGGAUGCUGUUCCGAAGACCCCCUUACGGAGUUCAAGCGAUUUGGGGCAAUCAGAGGAGAAUGAUACCAUAAUUGAGAUUAGAGAUGAAGGCACUCAACAGAUUAGACAUUCAGUUUCAAUGGACCACCCAUGUCAAACUCACAUUUCCAUAGCUGAUAUACUGGGAAUGGAUCAGGAUGAUCAUGACUCUGAAUUGGAGGAUCACCACGAGUUUCGGACAGAGGAUGUCGGAUCAUCAUCAAAACAUUGCAAGUCUAACAGUAGAACCAGGGUCUUGCAUUGUGUUAUAAGUCCCACUGCCAUGAAGAGAUCAUUCUCAAGUGGGAGAGUGUUUUUUGCCAGGCAUGGAAGGUGAAGGAAUACAAAAAUGCUGAUGUGAAAGUAAAGUACAGUACAGUAAAAUAACAGGUUUCUUUUGAUUGCUGAAAUCAUGAGCAAGAGCAACAAAAAGAUUAGAGAUCUUUGGAGUAGAAACAUUAGAAUGAUAGAUGAAGUCUCUCAGUGUGAAAAUCUUUCAUCAAUAGAGUUUGUCUUCCUAUAUUGGAAUUCUGUUUCAUAGAGUUUUGACUCAAAUAUGGGGGCACUUUGGUUGUAAAUUUUGGUUCUCUGCUUUGUGGGUUUACUGACCCAAAUGAGGUUUGGAUGCAAUGGCUUCCAUGGUUAGUGAUUUUUCUUUUAUUCAGUCA